GCAUACACAUAACUACGCAACUAUCUGCCAUAUGUCGAACAAGACACGAAAAGUCCCUUUCCCACUCAACGCCAGUGCAUACAUUGACGCUACCUUGGUUGUUACUCGGCGCUCUUCCGGGUAGGUUUCCAUGGUCUGGGUCUCUAACAAACGUCCUUCUUGAGCCAUAUUCCAUGCUUCUGCGAAUUAUAAGUAUGUGUUCGACCAUGGCUUGGAGUUCAUGAGAGAUUCCCAGGUUUACACUUCAGGAUUGUUCAGACGGAGAGCGCGGCCCGUCUAUGGCUGGUCACGAUGACACUCUUGAGUAUCGACAGGCGUUAUAAGCAUCAAGGCCUAGUAAAGGGGCAAUGAAGGAGCAACCCGGAUAACUUCACCUUCAUAUUAUCCACAGGUUUACCAUCUCUGAAUAUGUCUAUUCCUCACACCAAGCGUAUUUGUCAGAUCAUAAAGCUCAAGCCAGAAUAUGUGAAAGAGUACAAAGAAAUCCAUAGUCAGGUCUGGCCUGGCGUCCUUAACGCAUUGGCGCGCCAUCACAUCGUUGAUUAUUCUAUCAACCACUACCCACCACUCCAGCUGCUCAUCGCUACCUUCAAAUACACGGGAAAUGACUACGAGAAGGACAUGGCGGAAGUUGGCGAGGAUGAGGAGACUCAAAGGUGGUGGAAGCUGACUGAUGGUAUGCAGGAAAGUUUCAACGAUGGCGCAGAAGGAAGUGGGAAAGAGAUACCUUGGUGGGCGGAAGUUGAAGAAGUCUUUCGAUUCGACGGUGUACUGCAUGGGUGAUGGUUACUCUGCAUCUACCAAAUGUCAUUACCAUCUUGUCAAUAACAAGCUUAGGUCCACUUGAAAGUU